AUGUUGCGAGGUUUGGAUAGAACUUUGGCGCUCAAUAGAGAUAAGCCAAAGCAAGAAUGUUGCAAGACUUUAUACGGGACUUCGACGCUCGAUGUUGCGAGGCUUGCAUGGGGCUUUAACUAUAGAGAUGCAGCUGAAGCAGUGACGCUCAAUCUGGCUCGGGAUGACGCUCGAAGUGAAUUUCGAAAUACCUGGAAAACGAGUGCCUCUGUUGAUCUGGGUUUAUUAAAAUAUAAAGAACAGUUUUCUUCCCCUAAUAUUUAUGCUUUUCUGUUACAGGUAGCUUCGAUUGAUUUUCCUCUGGUAGAAUCAACCCUGGAUGCCGUAAGAGAAUCUGAGGCUCUCAUAUCACCCAAAGUUGCAGGACGGUGUAGUCCUGUUUCUGUUCUUGAGCUUCCAUCAGAAGAUGGGAAAUCAACUCCACAAAUCUUGGAAAGAAUCGGUGCAGAUCUUCAAAGACAACUUAACUUUCUUGAGUUUGAAACUGUUGAUUCGGGUGACGAGCAAUCGAAAUCUCUUAUUUUUAAUGAUAAGGCUAGCAGGAAAAUUUUGAAGUCAUUAAAAAAGGGAGAUGAAAGGGAUUUCUUGUACUUGCUAGACAUACUUACUGUCUCAGGAAUAUAUGCUGCCACCCAAAAUAAGUUUUUUGAUUCAUGCUACUCACCGGAUAAUCCGGUAUUCCCAGAUGUAUUUGACAAACUUGAGAAUGAGUACAAUAUGGCUAAUUUUUGGACAAGAUCAGAGAGAAAACUGCUGUUUGAUCAUAUAAACUCUAUUCUGGCUGAGGUCCUUUCACCAUGCAUGGAUUUAUGUCCAUGGGUUAAGUUGAAGAGGAGCACUUCUGUUGGUCAUGGGAGAUUGGUUGAUGAGUCGUGGUGGCGUCUAGUUGAGCAACGGAAGGAGCUCAGUCGAGGAAAACCACUGGAGAAGGUACUUGAUACUAGGUGGUUAUAUUUAGAUGAUCAUGUUGACAUGGUUGGAAGAGAGGUUGAGAGAAUGCUUAUGGAUGAUCUAUUGAAUGAACUUGUUUCUGAGUGUCUUGGGAUAGCCUAACCCUAUCAACAACUGCUUGGAAUCAUGACUUAAAAAUGGAAUUACUUGUUCGAAGAUUGACUUCGGUUAUAUCUACUCACUGAAGUGUGUUGUGAAAUGCUUGCUAAUGCUGACAAACCAUCUAUCAGCUAAGGUUUACAACCUUAACAUUCUCUCUGGACAUGAGCUUGAUGUUUCAGUAAAAUGAGGGGCAGUAAGUAGUCCAAUCAAAUUGCAAGGAGUUCGUAACCCUGAUGAUCUGUGAAAGCGAGACUAACAAACCUACUUCAAUGCAUUUUGUUGCUUGAUUUCAGUGAUUUACCAUGAAGUCGACAGAGGAUAACCCUAGCUGUGUUUUGAGUUCUUAAUGACGAAGACGAACUUGCGCUUUCGCCGAAGACGGUUCGAAGAUCUUGUUGUGUAAAGUUGGCAACUGGUUUAUAAAGCUACCCGAUGGUCUGUAGUAUUCAUUUCAUGAGCAGUCCAUUUAACUGGUUUGUAAAGCUACCCAUUGCAGUAGUGAUUGGUUACAAUAAAUGGCUCAUCCUUUUUGUCCUUCGUUUGCAUGGAGAGAAUCUAUUUUAAUUUUCUUAGUUCAAACAUCCAACAUGUAAUAAUCUGUUUAUUUCAAUCUUAAUAAAUGUUUUGGAUGUAUUGCUUGGCACUAA